AUGGCGCAGAAGGUCGAGUUCCUUCAAGGCAAGGGACUGACGGACACGGAGAUCCAGCAGGCGCUCUCGGAGGCUGCCAACGGCACCUCGAACCCGAGCGCGGCGAUCCAGUCGCCCGCACCUGCCGCGCCGCCGGCAUACGCCCGCCCCCAGCCCAGCUACCAGCAGCAGCCGCACUAUGGCUUCCAGGCCGCCGUUGUCGCCCCGGAGCCGCCGAAGCGUGACUGGAGGGAUAUCUUCAUCAUGGCCGUCGUCUCCGGCGGCGUCAUGUACGGCGUCACGGCGCUUGCGCGGAAAUACCUCGUGCCGCACCUGAAGCCGCCCUCCUCGACUGCGUUCCAGAGCACCUCAGCAGAGUUGUCCGAGCAGUACGACGCGGCGGCUGCCGCUCUGGACGAGUUGCGUGCCGAAACCGCGGCGCUGGCGACAGCAGCGCAGAGCGAGCGUGAGCGCGUGGCCGCGGCGCUGGAGGACGUGGAAUCAGCAGCGCGCGCAGUGAAGGACGCAGAGGCGCGGUGGCGCGACGACAUGCGCGAGGUGCGCGGCGAGGUCGAGAGCGUGCGCGAGCUCGUGCCGCGCAUGAUUGAGAAGCACGCCGCGAGCCAGUCUGCCGCGCUCACGGAACUGCAGUCCGAGCUCAGGUCGCUCAAGACCCUCCUCGUCGCGCGCCAGGGAGGGAACACGGUCUCGGAGGCUGCGGCGUCGGGCGCCGCCUCCCCCACACCCUCUGCGACGCAGACCGCCGCCAACGCCCUCCUCCAGCCCCGCGGCAAGGCCUCCAUCCCCGCCUGGCAGCUGCCUAAUGGCGGCGCUAGCGCUGCGACUUCCAGCGCCGUUAGUGUUGGCAGCGUCCCGUCCGACGCGGGAAGCCCGACCAAGGAGACCCCGUAG